CUCUCACUUGAAUUCAAUUCAUUGAACAAAACCAAUCACUUUCAUUCUCUUUCUAGAGUUUUCACUUUCCUUUUUAUUCUUUGAUCGUCACCAAUGGCGUUUAAGAAAACCCUAACUCAGCGCCUCCUAACCAUCACAAAAAUGUCAUCUCAAUCCCUUUCCAAUUGUCGCAUCUCAUCUUCAUCUCUUCAAUCGCGGAUCCCUUCCACGGCCGCUAACCCUGACAUUGCUCCGGAGCCCGGAGACGACGGCGUCUUCCGCAGGUUCCUCCACAAAAGAUCCAUUUUCCAAUCGGAGGCCCGGCCGCCGUUUCCUGCCGCCGAUAACCUUCUCCAGAAACUCCGAGAGAUAGACAUUUCGAGGAACAGGAUCCGAUUGGACGUGCUGAGUCUGCCGGAAACGGAGAAAUCGACUGUUGAAGAUGUUCGGAAGUUGUUGAGAGCGACGCAGCUUGAAGCUGUGAAAUCGAAGCUGAGGAAGAUUCCGCAGAAUUGCGUAACUUAUUCGGAGUUUAUUGAAAUGUGUGCUGAAAAUUGUUCCGAUCAAGAACAAGCAAAGAAGAUUGCGAAGAUACUUGAUGAUUCAGCAACUGUAAUUAUCUUAGGCGACGUCGUUUUUCUCAAACCUGAACAGGUAGCAAAAACAAUCCAGACACUACUCCCUGUACCAGGAGCAAAGCCAAACGAGGCAGUAAGAAAAGAACUUGAGGAAAUGGAGAAAGAGAAAGCAGCCAUUGACAAUAGAGCUAACCGAAUGGUUCGCCGUGAGCUCUGGGGAGGGCUUGGUUUUCUGAUGGUGCAAACAGCAGCAUUCAUGAGGCUCACAUUUUGGGAACUUAACUGGGAUGUAAUGGAGCCUAUAUGCUUCUAUGUGACCUCAAUGUACUUCAUGGCUGGUUACACGUUCUUUCUUAGAACAUCAAAAGAACCUUCCUUUGAAGGUUUCUAUCAAAGCCGUUUCAGCACCAAGCAGAAGCGUCUCAUGAAACUUAACAAUUUUGAUAUUGAAAGGUAUAAUCAACUCAGGGAUGCUUCGCCACUAGCACCCUCUUCUGAGUUGAAUUCAUCCAUUGUUCACCCAUUGAAUCAAUUUCACAGAAAUCUUUGAGCUGUAUAGGGUUGUUGGCUUUAGCCGCAUUCACUGUAUUUGAUUACCAGACAGUGACAGAAAUCGUAGAAAAAGAAAAUCAUACAAUAUGAUUACAAUGGUGAGAUAGAAUUAGGCGCGGCUUUAUGUACAAUACAUACAGAGUCAUGUUUUCAAUUUUGUUUUUCUUUCUCACCGUUACCUUUUGUUAUACAGCAUAGUAAAACUUUUUUAAACAGCAACUUGUUGAAUAUUCUGCAAGCACCCCAUCCAAAACAGUCGAAACAAAGUUUACUCUGAGACCCUAACUUUGUCAAGACAUUGGUACAUUGGAGUUGGAUCCUCUCAUGAAUCCAAUGUAGGACCGAAUGACAGAAGGAAUCUAUGCCAGUUGGAAUGUUUAUGAAUCGUAUUCACCAAUCA